UUACACUGACGUUAGGGCAUCGCUGAAGCUCUUGAUAUAAAUAUCACACACACGGGGACCUAAUUAUCCUCUGCGCAAAAACCUAGCGGCCACAGAGUGAGAGAGGCAUAUCCAGACUGAGAGUCUGAUUUCGGAUCUUAAUCCAACCAUGGCGGAUGUUGAGACAGAGGUGGCGGCGACUGGACUGCCCAAGAAGAGGACAUUCAAGAAGUUCAGCUUCAGAGGCGUCGAUUUGGAUGCUCUCCUCGAUAUGUCCACCGAUGAGCUCGUGAAGCUGUUCCCUGCUCGUGCUCGCAGAAGGUUUCAGAGGGGUCUCAAGAGGAAGCCCAUGGCCCUGAUCAAGAAACUUCGCAAGGCGAAAAGGGAAGCUCCACCCGGUGAGAAGCCAGAACCAGUCCGAACCCACUUGCGAAACAUGAUCAUUGUCCCUGAGAUGAUUGGAAGCAUUAUUGGGGUGUACAAUGGCAAGACCUUUAACCAGGUUGAAAUCAAGCCUGAAAUGAUUAGUCAUUACUUGGCUGAGUUUUCAAUUUCAUACAAGCCGGUUAAGCAUGGUAGACCUGGUAUUGGUGCUACCCACUCUUCAAGGUUCAUUCCUCUUAAGUGAAGUCCUUUUGGCAUUCUUGUCAUUUUUUAUUUCAAACUUCAAUAUCAUGUUUGGGUAAACAUUUACUUUGAUGAAAUUUUGUGCUACUGUCCCAGCUGAUUGUAGGCUUAUGAAUUUGAGUUUCUUUACACUUUCAGCUCGUAGGGGUAAUGUGCUGGUUUGAAUUUGUUUAAUUUCAUAACAUUACAUUGACGUGUUAAAUUUAGUAAGUUUUGGUCUGAU